CUCCAAGAGAAGUCCGUAGCCAUUUUAGCUCAAGCCGUUCUGGCGCAAGGAAGCCUCGCUUCCUUCAGGUGAGAAGGCGCAAUAAUUAGACCUGCUGACAGCAGGCGGGCGCGAAUCUGACCAGCAUGUCGAAGACUCUCCUGACUCUGCCAAGAAGACUUGGAUUGUUUUUCGAAUUUCCCACGCUUUGUAUCAUUAUCGUGACGUGACCAUGGUUGCACUUUCUUGGCCGCUGGCGGAUGCCCUGCGAGGCUGCGGGGGAUGGGGCCUGGGCGAGUUGGGGAAGCCACCUGCGGAAUCAGAGCAGUCGACGUCAUCAGAAAGUACCCUUCAGGAGAUUGAAGCGGAGGAGUCUCUGGGGUCCGCAGAGAACAGCGAGCCUGGCGAGGAUGCUGAGAGCCGUGCAGUUGGCGUUCUGAGGGUGAGUCCUGGACUGAGUCCAACAGUUCAUCCGCAGUCCCGAGCCCUGGUCUGGGACCCAGACCAGGCGUUUACCAGUCCAUCGGUCACCAGGCGCACAGCGGGACCCCUGAAAAAGGCCGACCGUUCUGUCUGAUCCACAUCGGGCCGCCCAAGACGGGGGCGACGUACGUCCAAAGGGUCCUGUAGGCGUACUGGGACAAACUCCUCGGAAUUAGUAUGAUGUACUACGUGCCGCCGGUGGAGAGACGUCAAGAACCAACGCAUCAUUUCCUUGCGCGUCCAAAUCCAGACGAUACUGCAAUGACAGCCUUCAAGGAUAAGCUCAGCGAGGCAGUGGCUAAAGGCCAGCAUGUGAUCGUCAGCUCCAAGGCGCUUUCUCUCAUGGGUCCAAAGCUAUCAUCGUGGCUGAAAUCUUUAUUUCCGAAGUUUAACAAGGUGAUGCUCACUCACCGACCAUUCCCCAGUCGGAUCUAGUCUCAGUACAAGCAGCACCUCGCCCAACACAACCCCCCCGCAAUCGGCGCAUCGUUCGCCGAGCACUGGGAGAAGCGUACCCGAUCAGGAAAAAAUGCACAGAUUGGUGUGGGCAUGUCACCAGCAAAUAGAUUCAAGCAUUUGGCCGUGACAGCGUUUUCGCAUUAGAUUUUCUGGGGGCACAGAACGACGGCGACAUUGUGAAUAUGCUGCUGUCUGCCGUUGGUUUACCGACCUUGGAGGAGCCGCUCGAACAAGUCCACCUCGGGCCAGGAUUGACUUCCGACCAGACUGUGCAUUGCCAAAUGUGGAACUUACUCGGGGAAUCCAUGCGUGAGCACCACCACUGCAAAUUGGAGGCGCCUCCGAGGCACGAGCUCACAUACAAGGUUGAUACGAUGGUCAAGCACCGCACCAUGCCGAAGAAGUGUUUGGACAUGGAGCUGAUGAAGAAAUACGCACUCAAAAUGGAUGCCAAUUUCCGAGCUGCGCUUGGAGCCCGCAUCGUGCACCUCCGCCCAAAUUUGUCAGAUAAUGAUACUAUACAUGUCAAGCAGAUCUGCGAGCUAGACCACCAGAUUGUCAGGAUGGACUGGAAGGAUUCGUUCGAGAAGCAGACCAAAGCUCUUUCGCGCAACUCAUGCCAGAAGCAGUAGGAGCGGUGACCAGAUCGAGUUGCACCUCAGGAGCGUCCGGUCGAGUGCAGCUGGAGGUGCCCCCAACAAAUCGGAAUGAGAAUUCAUAGAUGAAGUCUCAUUGUUUGAGCCGCCCCGACCUGUCACCGUCCCCCCUCCAGGUGUGGUCCGCAUGGCGGACUUUGACCCACUCCAGCCACCGCGCUGCGCUUUCCCGCCCGCCCGCCCAGGCGGGCUCAGGCGCGGCGCGAUACCGCCGCGCAUCGACGUCUGACUUCUGCGUGACGGGCCCUGCAUUUCCAGGGUUGUGCUGUUGCUGUGUUUUUUUUAUUCCUCUCUCUCUCUCUCUGUCUCUCUUUCUCUCUCUCUCUCUUUUUCUCUGUGUCUGUCUCUCUCUCUCUAUCUAUCUCUGUCCUCUCUCCCCUUUACGCUGUUCGUUGCUCCGUGUCUGUGUGAGGUACCACUGACCGUGCCGUCAGUGGGGGUGCAUGCACAGUGCGCGGUUGCCUCGCCGCGUUUUCCCUCCCCUCUUUGGGCGCUGGCGCUUCUCCUCCUCCUCCUCCUCGUCCUCCUCCUCCUCCUCCUGCUCCUCUCCUCCCUUCUACUCCUUCUCAGGCUGGUUGUGUGGCCCACGCAGUUUAGUUUAGGCCUCAGGCUUUGCCUCGCGGGACUCGUUACUUUUCCUUGCCCUGGCUCCUCAUCGCUUCACUGCUUGCCGACGUAUAACCAUGCAUUGGCUCGAGAACUCUGCUGCUCGGCGGCCAACGUUCAAUCCUCUGUCUCACGCUGUGGCGCAGAUCCGCUGUGGUGAUAUACGGCACCUGACGACGAGGCGGUCAGUUCUUCUGCGAAAC